AUGGGCGCAAAUGUCGACGCUCAGGAGAGGACUGUGAGUGCUAUGGGAGGUAGUCAGGAUGUCGAAAAGACCAGCGCAGCGCCGGUCCAACCGGCGGAGGACAAGGAAGAACCGACCUUCGACACUGGCCUCGCAUGCUGGCUGCAAGUUCUGGGUUCCUGGUUCCUUUUCUUCAACUCAUGGGGUGUCGUCAAUACAUGGGGUGUUUAUCAGACCUACUACGAGCAAAACCAGCUAUCAGACAUUUCGUCCUCGUCCAUCGCCUGGGUCGGUUCCUUACAGUCUUUCCUUCUCAUGCUGUUCGGCGUCGUAACGGGGCCACUUUUUGAUGCUGGAUAUUUCCGCCUGCUUCUUGGAUUCGGUACGAUCAUGUUGCCGUUUGGUUUCAUGAUGGUCAGUAUUUCAUCCAAGUUCUGGCAUUUCAUCCUGGCUCAAGGGGUCUGUGUUGGUUUAGCCUGCGGGUGCCUGUUCGUCCCGGCAGUUGCGAUCUUGCCCCAAUACUUCCGCAAAAGAAGAGGACUCGCCAACGGCAUUGCAGCCACGGGGAGCAGUAUUGGUGGUGUCAUCUACCCGAUCAUGUUCAACGAACUGCAGAAAAAGGCUGGCUUUCACUGGGCGACGCGCGCAGUAGGCUUCCUCGCUUUCGGAACCUGCUUGAUAUCCUUUUCCCUCAUGCGCAUGCGCUUCCUCCCUACUGAGAAGCGGAAGCUUAUCCAACUGGGCGCCUUCAAGGAGCCCAUCUUCGUCCUUUUCUCCAUCGGCAUGUUCAUGGGCUUCUUGGGCUUUUACAAUUUCCUUUUCUAUGUCCAGUCUUACGCCAUUGAGACCGGUAUUGUCGACGGCAACCUUGGCUUCUAUCUUCUUGCGAUGCUCAACGCGGGUUCCACAUUUGGUCGGAUUGCGCCCAACUUCCUGGCUGACCACACGGGACCCUUGAACAUGCUCAUCCCCGCAGUUUCAAUCACCGCCAUCCUCUCUUUCGUCUGGAUUGGUGUUCACACUGUCCCCGGUAUCAUUGUACUGUCCGUUCUCUACGGAAUAUUCUCCGGUGGCUUUGUCUCCCUUCCCCCUGUAGUCAUGGCAUCUAUUACCAAGGACAUGCGCGAACUCGGCACCCGCAUGGGAAUGGUCUUCGCCAUCACUUCUGUUGGACUGUUAAUUGGGACACCCAUCGGCGGUGCUAUCAUGAGUAAUACGCAUAAGUAUUUGGGUGUCCAGCUCUUUACGGGCUGCGCCAUUACCGUUGCUGCUGCUAUUUUCCUGGGCGUCAGAUUGGCUCGUACGGGAGUAAAUCUUGCCGUUAGGGCUUAA